AUGAACCCUCCUCAACAUGGCGCGCCUUCCGGCUGGCCUCAGGCUAUGAGCUUGGAUGACGUGCAUGACGCUGCAUCCAUGCGCAAGGACUCGGUGGCUACCUUUGGCGCUCCCUCCCCACAAACAACUGCGGCAAGUUCUUUCAUCCCAACUCCUAUCUCCCCUAAGCCCGAAAUCAUCCACCAACCCCAACAUCGGUACAAGGUACCUGUGCCGCAUUGGGCGAACGGACAACGACCACCUACUCCACCCCUUCAUCACCUCGACGAUGUCCAGCACUACCCGUGCCAACAUGAUCCUGCGAACCCAUUGCGGGGCCCUUCAGAGUAUUCAUCGCCGUACGGCACAUUUGCACCAGCAUACAUUCAUCCCUCAGUAUCGAGCAUCCAGGGUCAUCCGUCACAACAAACUGUCGUUCCACGCCCUCGAUUUCAUCCAUCCGCCAAUAUCCUGCAACCGUCGCAUCAGCAGCAGAUACUCCAAUCCCAGCCUGCUCAGAAAGCGCCCUCUAUCCAGUAUUGGCCAACCCACAACCCUAUCAUGAUUGAUGCGCAGAGCAAGAAGAAGCAGGAGGAGUACAGAAGAAAGGGCGAGGCAACGAGGAGAAAGACAGUUUCCUCCCAAGCCUCCGCGCCGCAGUAUGAACCGAUCAAAGAGCCUGCAUCUAUGCCUCACAAACGCAAGGCUUCAAUCGUUGACGACUUGACAUCUACACCUGCGCCUCCUCCUCGCUUUAGGCGUCUUCUUCCGGGUUCACCCAAACCAAAACAUGCACAGCAACAGAACUCCACAAGCAGCCCAGUAGUAAACUACCAUCCGCCUCCUCAUGGACCACAACCGGGCCCCAUGCACUACAUCGGCCCGCUGCAGUAUUACCCACCACCACAUACCUCUCCCUACCCACCGUAUGAAGAGCCGUUUCAUGCGCGACCCUUGGUCUAUAUGCCGCAACGUCGACCGCAUACGCCUGCAGCACCUCCACCACCGCCUCCCAAGAUCGUCGACCCUGAGACUCUACCUCAGCAUAUCACGAACGCUUAUGACGAGUACAAGUGGCCGGCCGUUUUGUAUGAGCUACAAGCUGCACACGGCUUCGAAUUUGCUGAGUCAUUCUUACAAACUCAGUUCGAGCAAGGAAUCUACAACUCAGACAGCUACAGAUGGGACGCGCACACCACGGCAGGCUUCAUUAAAGAUGGAAACAGAAUGUCGAUUCUAGUUCUACAUAACGCUACGAACCCGUUCCAGUGGGACCCACCGGCCAAGUCGACUACCAGCAUCGGCGUAUACGGACUUUUUGCUCAUGAGCAUAACGAGAUCCAUUGGACGACUAUUGCGCCGGGUGUUCCUAAGUGGUUCACCUCAUGCCUCAACGGGGGUCACCUAACGAUCGAACAGAAGUGGUUUCCCAACAUGAAGGCUUCUGACAAGCGGUUUCAUCGCGCGUAUUGGUUGGCUGCAAACAGAUUGCCGCUCAACCGCAUACUAAACCAUAGCGUGGCACCCGAGAAGCCGUACGGAGUGCUUGAAGACAACGAGAAGGAUGACUUUGUGAUUACGGAAGAGGACCUGCAGCACGGGUGGAACGGAGAGAGUGUACCAGUGGAGGAAUCGGAUAAUAUCUGGGAGAGAAUUGUCGAGGAGACAGAGGGAGUGAACCUGGCGGAGGUUGAGCAUAUGUCUAUCGGGGGAUCAGAGAGGGCGUUUAUGGCGGACUGAUUGAUCAAGUGAGGGUUUCCUCACUAUGCGAUGCCAAGAGCUCACAUACGAUGGAAAAGGAGGCUUUUAGAUAGGAAGUGGCUGCCCAUGGGCCCGCAUAUAGUAUAGUCUCAUUGAGAGAAAUGAACGAUGAUCCAAAUCAUCAGACCAC